AUGAACGAAGAAUUGCCUAAAUCUGUGGCCAUGAGACAUCUUGCCGACGGUGGUCCAGUUGGGGCUGCAGUCAGAUAUCCUGAUCCUCGAUCAACGGGGGUACACCAGACACAUCAACAUAUCUCCCUAACUGCAUCUAAAGAGGCACACAAGAUGUCCUCUGGCUCUCUGAAACCUGUCGGUCCUAUCAUCUCAACCAAGGAAUUGCCCAUGCGAGAAAGAUCAGAUCGAUCAUCGUCUUCUUCAGCCAGCAGCAACAGUCCCGUCAAAUCACAGAAAGAGAGUGCCAUGCAAUUUUGCCUCUGUCAACCGGAUCCGAAAAUCCCUCGGCCUCGUAAUGCUUUUAUUCUGUACCGUCAGCAUUAUCAGGCCAUGGUGGUCGCUCAUAACCCUGGCUUGGCCAAUCCCGAGAUCUCCAAGAUUAUUGGAGAACAGUGGCGAUCUCUUUCAGAGGAUGACAAAAGUAAAUGGAAGGCACUUGCAGAGGAUGAAAAAGCUCGGCAUCAGCAGCAAUAUCCCGAUUACCGCUACCAGCCUCGGCGGUAUGGUCGAGAUGGAAGCUCUCGGAGUGCGACCUCAGGCAUUGGGCACAACCCAUCUGGUUCAUCACACUGCAACAGAUGUGGUGGUCGAUUGAUGAAUGCGCCCGCUUCCCCCAUGACCCCAUUCACGCCCAGCAGUGGGCCUGGGGUUCGACCACCAUCAAACUUUUCAGUAUCAUCACCACACCCAAAUGGGAUGCCGCCAAGAAGCGCCAUAAGCCAGGAGAAAAACUUCAAUCAAAUACCGAAGCCGGCAAAGAUGGACCAUGAUCCCCGUUCUCGUCAAAGACACUGGGAAGAACCUGGUGGUCGAUCUCCCGAUAAUAAACGCCGCCGAGUAUCCCACGGCUCAUUCAAGCCAACUUUACACCCCUCCUACAGGGACCGCAGUCCUGGCAGUGGCAUACCAGAGUCACCGCACCCAAUGACCCCCUGGAGUGCUCGCCCUGAUAUGCCUCCACGCCAUCUCCCCAUGCUUCAGCCAUACCGAAGUGCGCCGGGACAGCCACACCCGGACCCCAGUCUGAAACUACCGCCACUCCAGACCGCAACACCAGUGACUCCCAUGACUCCCUAUCCUCAAGAAGGAUCCAGUGUCGAGGCAACAGUCAUGACAAUACCCUUCCUCAACAAGAUCAAAGUCCUCGCCAAGAUCUCCCCACCACUGCUCCCCUCAUUCCGCGACGGCAUCCCCCCAGCCCGCGGCCCUGUCAUCGCCAUCGACGGUCAAGACCCCGAUCUCGUCCAGACAGCCGUCGAAUACCUCAACAACCUCUUAAAAAAGGAAACAAAGUACCACGUACGGGUAUUUGACGGUCCAGAAAUCAAGGCACCCCGACCCAUCUCCGCAGAAGCAGGCCAGAUGGGCGACGCCACAGUCGACUACCUCAACACCAUCUCAGCCUGGCACCGGAUCUCCGACGAAGUCGUCGGAUUUGUGAAAUCCACCUCAAGAGCCGGCUCCGUCGACGCCCGCUCCACAACAACAGAAGAGGAAACCGCUCCAAAUGUCUCCCCCCGCUCCCUCAUUCCCAAGACCGCAAACAUUCACAUCCACUCUCCAGCCCAGUCAAGCGAGAACGGCUCCGAGGUCAGCGCGAUCACAACAGCCAGCCACUAUGGCGUGCCGAUCGCGCUCGUCCCGCGCUACCAGCUCACCACGGCGGACGCAUUCGCCUGCUCCACGCCAAUCGGCGACUCCUACGCACCGCUCGAUCAUUGGCAGUGGAUGGCAUCGCUGUGGCGCGCGUGUGUUGGUCCUGAUAUCACGGUUUACAUUCGUGAAUGCAGUAAGGAGGAGCUGGAUCGCAUGGGUGGGAAUUCUGUUGAGGUGCGUCUGCAGGAUGCCCGCACAGUUGUACUAAGGAAAGUUGUAGGGCGGGAUUUGGAAGAAAAGGCACUUAAGCGGAUGGGUUUUGAGAUUGAGGAUUUUUUGACUCAGCUACCAGUAGAUGUGGGCGAUUUUCCCUCGGGGCUUCCUCAACCCUCGCCAUUUUCGUCCAGACCUGAACCUGAGAUGAAACUUGAGGACCCGGAGGCGAUGGAUGAGCCUCUCGACACUGUCAUGCCUGAUCACUAUAUCCCAGCCGGCGUGUUGGCUAAAUCCACAAACCGUUACCCAGGCUCCAAGAUAGCACUACUAGAAAAACACGAAUGGAUCUACACGCGAUCUCUUAGCGACAGCGACAACGUACAGGUUUUCGUGCUACCACAGCAAAAGUCCAUUUCCCGACCAAAUAAAGGCGGUGAAUCCGAAACGGCCAUUGAAUCUGCUCUCAAGCUCGUCAUGUCCAUGAUCGAUAGCUCCCCGGAAGCAUGGAACGGCUCAGUUGAUGCCCAUGCUGGUCUACUUACCAACACUCAAUCCGAUAUCGAAGAAGAAUCCCUGUAUUAUAUUUACAAUACACUGCAGGAUCCUGAACCAAACUUGGACCAGGUAACAGAUCCAUUCUCCCAGGUUGCCAUGGAGGAGUUGCUUGAUGAUUCGGUCCGGGGUCUUAAAACAACGCUGUAUCCGUAUCAGCGCAAAUCCGCUGCAGCGAUGGUUCAGCGGGAGGCACAGCCAGCAUUGAUGCUUGAUCCGAGAUUCCAACCUUGGCAGGGUCCGACUGGUUUGGAGUUCUACUAUGAUAAGGUGAAUGGGAGCAUUUUGAGGGAGAAGAUAUAUUAUCCGGAAGCCUGUGGAGGGAUUUUGGCGGAGUCCAUGGGAUGCGGAAAGACCCUCAUCAGUCUUGCUGUGAUAUUGGCUACGCGGGGACAUUCCCCCAAAAUCCCAGUGGAAUAUCAAACACUUACUAAUCCCAUCAGGGAGAAGACUGGGACAUUAAUGCAAAUGGCGGCUGCUGCUGCUAAUCGGUUUGUGCCCUGGAAGGACCGCUUUGACCGAAUGCAAGACAACGGAGAAGAUUAUAUUAAUUGUAGGAAGGCGUGCGAGGCCCAAAGUUGUUCCUACAUUAUCCCGGCUCCCACCCAAUAUGGAGGAAGAUCUAAAUCAGAGUACAACCGAUCAGCCAAGGAGAUUCGUCUCUCCUCUGGUACACUCAUUAUUGUUCCGGAUAACUUGGUGGACCACUGGGAACAUGAGAUCGCUACUCACACUAGCCAUCUAAAAGUUCUAGUCCUACACCAAAAAUCGGUCACAACACCAUCAAUAGACGAACUGCUGGACUUCGACAUUGUGCUCUUCUCUAAAAGCCGAUUCAAAAAACGGGGCAAAUUUGGGCAGAACCCGAAUUCUUCUAUUUUUGAUCUUCACUGGUUGCGAGUUAUUGUCGAUGAAGGGCAUGAUGUUGCUGGCAGAACAACGGACAUGGUCCACUUGCUAAAGGAAGGGCUGCACUGUGAGCGCCGGUGGAUCAUUUCAGGAACCCCUCUCUCGGAAUUAUAUGGAGUGGAACUCAGCAUUGCUUCACAGGAAGUGGACACAGAUGAUACUGAGUCUUCACCUGAUGGUCACACUGAUGCCACCUUGCAAAAAGACAAAAAGGCAGGUAAGAACAUCAGCCAUGAAAUCAAAGAUCUGGAUAAAUUGGGCCUCAUGGUUCAUCAUUUCUUUAAACUCAUGCCUUGGUCCAAUGAUCGUGGGGAUUGGUCACUUUACACAAGAAGGGUGGGUGAAGAUGGAAUGUUUCGAAAAUCUCCAUCUCUGCGUGCCACCCUUCAGAGUCUUGUGGUCCGACACCAAUACGAAACGGUCAAAAAAGAGAUUACUCUUCCACCAUUGUACAACAAAGUGGUCUAUCUUGAGCCAACCUUCUACGACCGGUUGUAUAUUAACAUAUUCCUUUUCACACUGGCAGUCAACGCCAUUACAUCUGAACGUCAAGGCCCCGACUAUAUGUUUGAUGAGAACAAGAAAAACAAAAGCAAACUCACUGAGUUGAUACAAAACUUACGUCUGGCUGGAUUUUGGUGGGCUGGUUCCGAUGAUGUCCAAAGUACUAUCGAUAUUGCUCUAGAAUAUCUCGAGGCAAACCAAGAGAAGAUGACAGAGGCAGAUUUCAUCCAAUUAAAACAUGGAAUCCAGAUCGGACGAAAGGCAAUCAGUUCUCCUGGCUGGAAUGGAUUCAAAAAAAUGCAUGAGCUAGGUGUCUUUGUUCGGCAUUUCCCAGAACAUGCUCGCAACAUGUGGGCCCUUGAUUCCACUGACGCCGACCACGAGCCCCUGCUCAUGGGUAUGACCCAGGCCCGUCGCGCGCAACAAUUCGUGACCAGCCAUCUCCGCGCGCCUGAUCCCGCCGACGGUCUUGCGGGAGAUGGUAUCAAGGUCCGUCUGGAGCUAAUUAAACAUGGCCAGCAGACAGGUACUCUUGCUCAUAGCGGCGCCCCCGAGUCGUCAAAUUCCCCAGCGAGUAAAUCAAGCUCGAAAAGAAAAAGGAAAAGUCCAGAGCAAACUUUUAAGAAGAAACUCUUCCACACCAUCCCAGAGACAUCGCCCUUGAAACAAACGAAGCUGGAAGGAGUAGCGUCGUCCAAGCUUCGAUACUUGUUAGAGCAAGUGCUGAAGUUCCAGAAGACCGAGAAAAUCAUCAUCUUCUACGAGCACGACAACGUCGCUUCCUGGGUUGAGCAAGGCCUGGAUCUAAUAGCAGUCAACUUCCGCACCUACGCCAGUACUUCAAGCAUGGGAUCCAAUCUCAAAACUGAACAUCUGUUCCAAUUCCGCCAAACCGAGGAGGUUCGCGUUCUGCUGAUGAGCGUCAAGGAAGCCUCACACGGCCUCCACAUUCCCGAAGCUUCACGGAUGUACAUCGUCAACCCGAUUUGGGAACGUAACGUGGAGAGCCAAGCCAUCAAACGAGCCCACAGAAUUGGACAGAAAAGACCAGUCUAUGUCGAAACUCUUGUCUUGGGCGAUACUCUCGAACACCGGAUGCUCAACCGCAGCAAAAACAUGACUGCCGAGGAGACGAAGCGCGCAGGAAGUAACCCGCUAGACGAUAAUACCAUGAGCAAGAUCAUUCAGAACGAGCCCUUCCUGCCUAUGCUCGACGAGGCUUCGUCUGGCAUGGCUCCGCUAACACAUCCGAUCGGACUAUUUGAUCAGCAUAGAUUGCCGAUUCCCGAUAACGAGGGCCCUGCGCUGGGGCCAUCACGGCAGCGGCCACAGCAGAAAAAGAAACAGCAGCGAGGUCCCGAGUCUGAUGUCAACUCCGAUUAUGCUGGUGUUCAGGGACCACUGGCCCAGCGGCGACGGAUUGGCUUUGCGAGCCAUGAUCAGGUUAUGGGUGAGCGUGUAGAUGCGCUUCCUGGGCCGCAACAGGCUGUACCCCCGUCGAAUUCGGUUUUUGGUGCUGGAGUUCCUGUGUCUGGGCCUUCGCGGACCGGCUUCGCGGAUGAUGUGAUAGUUAUUAAGGAUAGUGGUGAAGAAUCUGGCCCAUUGCACUCCGUGCCGAUGCAUUCUGUGUUUAGUUCGAUUGCCUACAAUCUCAUCCCCGCACCCCUCAUCCUCGCUUGUUCAAUUCUCCAAUUCCUAAGUAACCAAGAAAAGAUGAGCAAGCCAAUUGGCGAAGAAGCCAUUGUAGUAGGGAUCUCCGGGCCCUCGAGCAGCGGCAAGACAACGCUUGCACGGUUACUACAGCGUGUAUUCUUCGGGGUAAAUCUCAAGAAAGACUCACGUCUUAACACAUUCAUAAUCCACGAAGAUGAUUUCUAUUUCCCAGAUGAUAAAAUUCCAUACACGACAACCCCCUCCGGCGAAAAAAUACAAGACUGGGACACUGCCGCCGCAAUUGACAUACCCUUCCUCUCACAAGCACUGAACUACGUGCGCGAAAAGGGGGCGCUCCCUCCACGACUACGGAGUAAGGAAGAUCAGAACGAUGAGACUUCUUCCGGCGUGUCGGAUGAGUUAGUGCAGGAAUUGCGGGGUAUUGUUUGUUCUCGAUUGCUGGAUGAAUCCGGGAAACGGAGUGAAAAGACCAUUGCGUUCUUAGAAGGGUUUUUGCUAUUUGCGCCUCCCCAGCAAGAAGAACACGUCCUGCGUUCCGUUCAUGAUGCUAUGAAUCUCCAUCUGUUCCUGCCUGCGGCGUAUGAGCUUGUUAAGGCUAGACGUGAGGGGAGGAGUGGGUAUGUGACUGUUGGGGCGGCGCCGGAACCACCAGUGCAGACUGGGGACGGGGGAGGGAAGGCGAGGACGGAGGUUGAUCUUGAUGCUGAGGAUGAUCGACCACCGCAGAAUUUCUGGGUCGAUCCGCCGGGGUAUGUGGAUGAUGUUGUUUGGCCGCGGUAUGUGACGGAUCAUGCUUGGUUGUUGGUUGCCGAGGAUGAAGAGGAUAAGGAGGAUGGGAGUCAGGCUGAUGUUGUGCGGAGGGUUGGAAAUGGGACUAGGGCGAGGACUGAUGUUGGGGUUGAGGUUGCACCGGGUCAUGGAAGUGCAGGGAUGGAUGUUGUUUUGAGGUGGGCUGUUGAGUUGAUAUUGAAAUAUUAUCUGGAUCGAACUCAGGUAUAG